CUCCCAGCCAACGUCGGAGCCCGGCGAGGAAAAAGACUUGACUCUCCUCUCCUGGCGGCUUUUCUCCCAGACAUUUUGGGGAGGCAGCGAGGAAGAAGCCAGCUCCGCCCCCUGAGCGCCCGAGCUGCCGCCUGUUGCUUCGCAAAAACUUCAGCAGUUCAAAAACUCCUGGACUGGCGGCCAGACGCGCACAGGAGUGGAGCGGCCGGGCGAAGGAGCGCGGUGCCCGCCAGAAGCGGCGAGGUGGGGUGGGAGGCGGGGAUCGCUCGAUCGCCUUUCUUUACCCCCCCUCCCCGUGUAUGGAUUUUGCCAACUGAGCCGCUUCCCGCCGCGAUCGCCCGGGCUUAUCAUGUGCGCCUCGAGGUCGGCUUCCCAGGGCAGCUCCCGAGCCGAGUGAUCCCUCCGCGGGGCGCUCCGCUCCGCUGCCCCCUUUUUAUUUUAAUGGUCAGCUUUUUCCUCCGGCCGCCGCCGCCGCUCAGUCCGUUGUCUUCCUAGAUCUACACGCACACACACACACACCCGUGACGGAGAUGCACGCGGCGGGGUGGUUCAAGCAGCUGGCGGCUGCCUCCCGGAUCGUCUGGAUCCUCCUCUGGACUUUGGAGCUGCGGUGCGCCCUGGCGGACUUCACCCUGGAGAACGAGGUGCACUCGAGUUUCAUCCACCGGAGGCUCCGGAGCCAGGAGCGCCGGGAGAUGCAGCGGGAGAUCCUGUCCAUCCUGGGCUUGCCCCACCGGCCGAGGCCCCACUUGCACGGCAAGCACAACUCGGCUCCUAUGUUCAUGCUGGACCUCUACAAUGCGAUGUCGGUGGAGGAAGAGGGCCCCAGCGAAAGCGGCGAAGGGUUCUCCUACCCUUACAAGCCCAUCUUCAGUACUCAGGGGCCACCCCUGGCCAGCCUGCAGGACAGCAAUUUCCUCACCGAGGCAGAUAUGGUCAUGAGCUUCGUGAACAUGG